CUGCGCUUAGUACCUUAAAAGCUGUAAGUCUAGUCUCCGGAAUCCUGAUUCUUAACUUGGGUGUUACUAUUGUGUCAUCUUCUCCACAAAAACCAUGAGUCUAGAGGGGAAGCUGGAGGUCGAAAUCGACAUCCAGUCAUCCGCAGAUAAGUUCUACAACCUCUUCAAGAGCCAAAUCUACCACCUCCCCACCAUUUCCUCCGAUAUUAUCCAAAAGGUGGAGCUCCAUGAUGGCGACUGGAACUCCAGCGACGCCAUCAAGCAUUGGAAUUACACACUAGAUGGGAAGUCGUUGACAGUGAAGGAGAAGGUCGAAGUAGACGAUGCGAACAAGUCGAUCACGUUCAAUAUCAUGGAAGGAGAUAUACUGAAGGAGUUCAAGAGCUUCAAGGCCACUGGGCAGGCAGCUGCGAAAGCCGACGGCAACGGAAGCACAGUGAAGUGGACCCUUGACUACGAGAAGCUGAACGAAUCCGUUGCUGAGCCUAAAAGCUACACCGACGCCGUCGUCAAGAUCACUAAAGACGUCGAUGCUCAUCUGCUCAACGCGUGAAGCAGGGCAUCUUCACGCCGCUGCUUGCACGAGAGAAACGCUGCCGCAGAAGAUGAUCUUUACUUGAUUACACCGUGCGUAUGUGUGUGCUUGUGUCGAUACUGUGUUCAAUGUGUAGUCUUAUCUAUUGCCAAGCUAAAUAAAGUUCUGGGUGUGCUUAUUGUGUACA